GUGCGUGCGCAGUGGCCCGGAUGUAACGCCUUUCUUUGACGGACGAGGCCGGCGCUGAUCCCGAGGGGAGCGAGCGGAGGGCAGCGGGAACGCAAGUAAAUGGCGACGGCGGGGGAGCGGCGCAAACCCGUGGCUGGAGACUGGGCUGCGCAGGUUCUUCACCGAAGUGCCUUCCCAACCCAUGACCUCAACAUCCAGAAGGACGAAGGCUUCACCAAAAGCCAUGUUGGGUUUCAGAGGUGAGAUGGAAGUUACUGCAUUUGAGAUCUAAGCGGAACUUGAUUGAAUGUGCCUUCAAAGAGACCCAGUAAAGUUUAAACGUCUGAAACACGAGUCAUGACAACUGAAUCAUCCAUUCCUGGCAAAACCAAGACUCAUGUUCCUGCUCAUCAAAACUAUUUCUGGCUCCGCUCUUUCAUAGCAGGAGGUGUUGCAGGAUGCUGUGCAAAGACAACAAUCGCCCCAUUGGACAGGGUGAAGAUUUUACUACAGGCGCACAAUCCUCACUAUAAUCACCUUGGAGUUUUCUCUACUCUCUGUGCUGUACCAAAGAAAGAAGGCUUUCUUGGAUUGUACAAAGGUAAUGGAGCAAUGAUGGUCAGGAUCUUUCCAUACGGUGCCAUUCAAUUCACAGCCUUCGACAGAUACAGAAAGAUUUUGAUCAGCAAGCUAGGUAUUGCUGGGCAUGUUCACCGAUUAAUGGCUGGAUCCAUGGCAGGGAUUACUGCUGUAAUAUGCACUUAUCCACUGGACAUGAUUCGAGCACGUCUGGCAUUCCAGGUCAAAGGGGAGCACAAAUACACUGGAAUCAUUGAUGCUUUCAGAGUUAUUUAUAAACAGGAAGGAGGAUUUCGAGGGUUUUAUAGAGGCCUAACUCCUACUAUCAUUGGCAUGGCUCCUUAUGCAGGAAUUUCCUUCUUCACAUUUGGCACGUUGAAGAGCAUUGGACUCAGCCAUGCCCCUGAGUUGCUAGGAAGACCUUCUUCUGAUAAUCCCAAUGUAUUGGUAUUAAAAUCCCACGUGAAUUUGGUGUGUGGUGGAACAGCAGGAGCGAUUGCUCAAACAGUAUCGUAUCCACUGGAUGUGGCUCGACGGAGAAUGCAGUUAGGCUCCAUUUUGACUGAGGCUGAAAAAUAUGUAACAAUGUGCAAGACCCUGAGAUAUGUCUACAAUGAACAUGGUAUACGGAAGGGCCUGUACCGGGGGCUUUCUCUCAAUUAUAUUCGCUGUAUCCCAUCUCAGGCCGUGGCAUUUACUACCUAUGAACUAAUGAGGCAAAUUCUUCAUCUGAACUAAGGAUGUUGCAAGACUGGUGACUUCAUCAUCAUAACCCUGUAUGUCACUGAUGAAAUUACUUCCCUGUGAUGACUGUUCUAAUCAUAUGUGGAAACUAAAAUACGAUAUAUUUAAUUAAGUGAUUGUGAUUAGGGCUGGUAAUCAUCAGUGUGCUUUGACCAAAAUUUUACUUUGGCAGUUUUCCAAAUUUAUGCCAUUGAUUCUUUUAUCUCAAUCCAAGAGAGAAGAUAGACCUUGAAUAAACUAUUAUCUGAUGGAUGUCA